AUGAAACAACCAACCAAACAGCCACUGUUCGAUGCAACGCUGCAUAUAAUAGUAUUGCUGACGAUAUUAACAUCCUCAAAAUUAUUAUUUGUAAAACCGAAGGAUAACCUGCAAUCAGGCUAUACACCACCAAAUGCUCGCGCCUUCAAUGAAUUGGAAGUUUUUCGGAAAUUCAACGAUGGUAAAGAUCCGGUGGUAGUAAUUAUCAUUGUUACGGCAAAAGAUGGUGGCUCAGUUGCCCGAUUACCUCAUUUGAAUGCAAUUUUGAAUAUCGUUGACUAUGUAGGAACGCAUUUCCCCGUCAAGAAUUAUACCUAUUACCGAAUGUGCAGAAAUUUUUGUGAUGUCAAUGAACCUGUUCGGCAAUUCAGAAAUGGUUUACUUCUCAACACUGCGAAAUAUCUCGAUAGAAACAUUAGCAGAAGUAAUACGAGUAGCAAUAAUGGUCGUGAUUUAAUUGAGCUUUCAUUCCCCAUAAUGCAGUUAUUCGGUCGUGAUCUUGAUUUAUCACCCUACUUUUUUGGCGUUGAAUAUACAGCUGAUGGUGUGGAUCGAAUUUCUGGAACAAAUAUCAAGCAUGUCCAAUUAGUGGCACUACAUUUCCGAACACAGCGACCGAACGAAUGGACCAGCGAUGACACAUUUCGCUGGGAACGCCUCGUUGGAAAUUAUUUUAAGAAUGAGUACAACAAUUCUUUAAUUCGACCAAUCGCAUUUUCGUUAGCUUACACGCAGGAUGAAAUCAUUCGUGCCGGUCUUGCUCUGAUGCCGUACAUACUGCUUGGUUUCAUUAUGAUGUGUAUAUUUGCUGUUGGAACAGUUAGUAUCAGUUCAGCAUAUACAAGACAGUUUUCUAAAAUCAAAGUACUAUAUGCUCUCGUGGGAUGUAUCACACCACUAAUGGCAACAUCAGCGGCUCUUGGCCUUGUGAUUUUAUUGGGUCUUCGGCCAGGCUCUAUCCUCUGCGUUACACCGUUUCUUAUUCUAGCUAUAGGGGUUGACGAUGCCUUUUUAAUGAUCAGUGCAUGGAAUAGAACAGACGUUGAGAUGAGGAAUGAAACCGUAUCGUAUAAAACAAUUCGAGAGAGAAUGGCAGUUGUCCUAACUGAUAUUGGGCCAUCGAUAACUAUAACAUCAUUGACAAACAUGUUAGCCUUUGGAAUUGGCAUAUUCACGACACCAACACCCGAAAUCCGAUUACUUUGUAUCGCUAAUGCAGUAGCCAUUUUUUUGGAUUAUGUGUAUACUAUAACGCUUUAUGCUGCUGUGAUGUGUAUUGGAGGUCAAAUAGAAAUGCAGCGAAAAAGUAUUUAUCCGGAACGGAAACCUCGGGAACCAUCGAUGAUUACAACUUUCUUAAACAAUUAUUGCAAAUACCUAUCAAGUGGUUUCACGACAUUUUUGAUAUUGAUUCUGCUUGUGAUUUACUUGACAGCGAGCAUUAAAUAUGCGUUAAUGGCGAAGGGUUGUCUGACACCAGGAAAAUUAUUUUUGGCUGAUUCACCUAUGAUUGAAGUGAAUGAGCUACACGAUAAAAUUAUCAUGCCAUCGUACACUUUCGUGACGGUGUUCAUCCUAGAACCGGGAGAUAUACGAAAUUCAUCCAGACGAGAACGUAUGAAAACACUGGUAUCUCAGUUUGAAACAGUACCCGGCUGCAAAGGCUCCAGGUUUACGCAUUUCUGGCUUCGUGAUUAUGAGACGUAUUUGGAGUCGAAGAAUGAAGAAACCGAUGGGAGUGAAUUUGAUGACUACACCUCAGAUGAUUUGCUUAAAUUCCUGGAAUGGCCCGAAUACGAAUCCUUGGGUGGAUUUAUGAAAUUCGACAAUCAUACUAAUCGUCUUACAGCCUUUUACGUCACCGUUACUUAUCAUGGUAAAAAUCAAUCAGAUUGGAUACAACGAUUGAAAAUGCUAAAAGCUUGGCGAGCAAUUGACCUUGGAGCCUCAGUAUAUGAAGAAGAAGCUUUGUUUACCGAUCAAAUUGAUUCUUUGGUAGCGACGACUUUGCAAACAUCUCUUGUGAUACUGACAUGUAUGGCAGUAGUGUGUUACAUUUUUAUGCCUGAUCUCUUUACCGUCAUAAUUGCAAUCUCAUCAACCGCUUCAAUAUGUGUUGGAGUAUUUGGCUUCUUGUCUUUUUGGAAUGUCGAUGUCGACCCGGUUUCGAUGGCAACAAUGAUUAUAUCUAUCGGUUUGUCUGUUGACUUUCCGGCUCAUCUUACUUUUCAUUACCAUCGCACUCGAUUGAAUCCAGAUCUAACAUCAGUGAAAGAACGACUUGCACAAUCAUUCAGCGUCAUUGGCUUUCCAUUGCUUCAGUGCAGUUUCUCAACGAUGUUCUUUGUCCUAAUCCUAUUGCUUGUUCCCAGUUAUAUGAGUGAAGUAUUUACGAAAGCUGUGGUGGUAGUAAUCUCACUGGGAACGCUUCAUGCACUAAUCAUUGUCCCAUCUAUUCUUUGUGCAUUCUCAAAUAUUUAUCAGUACUUUUUACAUAUAAAGGAUUAUAAGCUGAAAUCAAUCGCUGGGACAGUAACCACUAAAAUAACCGAUUCAUCCAUUGCUGUACAGCAGUCAUGUUCUUCCUUUCACUCUACCAGAAAGCCCUCGGCAUAA